GCAGCUUCCAAGAAUGUGGAGGGGGAGGAGUCUGAGAGCAGGCUGCUUUGUUUUUCUCCCCUCUUCUUCGAUCAGCCUGAAUUCCUGACACAUGUGGAUCAUGGGGGCUUAGAACUGCAGCCAUAGUUGCCAGGGGAUUCUGGUUAUGUGGUUCAACUCAUAUUGGAUUCGCUAAAGAAGAAGGAUAGAUUGAAACUGGCGUGGAGAGCCUACAUUGACUGCCAAAGCAGCACUUAGCUAUCAAAUGAAUUAGACUAAUCUUCUCUCCUCCGCAGUAAUAUACUUGAGGAGACAAAGGAGCAGGGAAAACAGGCAACGUUUACUUUAGUAAAGCUCUCGGACUGGGCAGCAGAAUGGAAGGACAGGAGAUUGGUUAUGAAACUAUAGGACAGAGUAGAUGGAUCCUUAUGCAGAAAUCCAUAUUUUGCUUCUGGGAUCUGCUUUCUUAAAGGCUGUAUUAAUGAUCCAGUUGCUAGGAUUAAGGUUUUUGCAUUGCAGCAUGGAGAGUCUUUUGUUUGAGUUAAAUUCAGACCUCUCAAUAUGUCACCUGACAGUCGUGUGGUUUUGGAUGAAUAUGGCUCAUUGCUAUUAUUAACCUAGGUUGGCAGCAGGGCGUAAUAGGAGUUUAUAGGGAUUUUGAAAAGUGGAUCUGCGUGGGGAGACAAAGAUGCUUCUCAGCUGGCCUUUACCGGAGUUUGACCCAAGUCAGAUCCGACUGAUUGUGUACCAAGACUGUGAAAGAAGAGGGCGAAAUGUUUUAUUUGACUCCAGCUCUAAAAGAAGAACUGAGGACAUAUCAGUGUCGAAACUCUGUAGCGAUGCUCAGGUGAGAGUCUUUGGGAAAUGUUGCCACCUGAAGCCUGGAGGAGACAGCUCCUCUUCAUUGGACAGCUCCAUCAAUUCAUCCUCCUCCUCGUCUGACACGAAAGAACAGUGCCCAAAAUAUCAGGGUUCUCGAUGCUCUUCAGAUGCCAAUAUGCUUGGGGAGAUGAUGUUUGGCUCUGUGGCCAUGAGCUACAAGGGUUCUACAUUGAAAAUUCAUCAGAUCCGCUCCCCUCCUCAGCUCAUGCUUAGCAAGGUUUUUACAGCUCGAACUGGAAGUAGCAUCUAUGGAAGUCUAAACACGUUGCAGGACAGUCUUGAGUUCAUUAAUCAGGAUAGUAAUACAUUAAAGACAGACCAUAGUACAAUUAUGAAUGGACUUCUUGGAAACAUAGGUCUUUCACAGCUUUGCAGUCCUAGGCGAGCGUUCUCUGAACAAGGUCCGCUCCGCCUGAUCCGGAGCGCCUCUUUCUUUGCAGUUCACAGCAACCCUAUGGACAUGCCGGGGAGAGAGCAGAAUGAGGAUAGAGACAGCGGCAUAGCAAGAUCUGCAUCUCUGAGCAGCCUGCUUAUCACUCCAUUUCCCUCCCCGGGCUCUUCACUUACCAGAAGUUGUGCCAGCAGUUACCAAAGACGCUGGCGUCGCAGUCAGACCACAAGUUUGGAGAAUGGGGUCUUCCCUAGAUGGUCCGUAGAGGAAAGCUUUAAUUUGUCAGAUGACAGCUCUGGCCCCAGCCCUGGAAUUGUUAGGAAAAAGAAGAUAGCGAUUGGUGUGAUAUUUUCACUCUCAAAGGAUGAGGAGGAAAAUAAUAAAUUUCAUGAGUUCUUUUUCUCACAUUUCCCUCUUUUUGAAAGUCACAUGAACAAACUGAAGAGUGCAAUAGAACAGGCUAUGAAAAUGAGCCGUAGAUCAGCUGAUGCCAGUCAACGGAGUUUGGCAUAUAACAGAAUUGUAGAUGCCCUAAAUGAAUUCAGAACAACUAUUUGCAAUCUCUAUACCAUGCCACGUAUUGGUGAACCUGUCUGGCUUACCAUGAUGUCGGGGACUCCAGAAAAGAAUCAGUUGUGCUAUCGUUUCAUGAAGGAGUUCACUUUCUUAAUGGAAAAUGCCUCAAAAAAUCAAUUUUUACCAGCCCUUCUGACUGCAAUUCUGACUAACCACCUGGCCUGGGUCCCAACAGUCAUGCCAAAUGGACAGCCUCCUAUAAAAAUCUUCCUGGAAAAGCAUUCCUCCCAGAGUGUGGACAUGUUGGCCAAGACCCAUCCAUACAACCCACUGUGGGCACAAUUAGGAGACUUGUAUGGGGCAAUUGGCUCACCUGUGAGAUUAGCAAAAACGGUGGUGGUUGGUAAAAGACAAGAUUUAGUUCAGAGAUUGCUUUAUUUCCUCACUUACUUCAUAAGAUGCUCUGAACUACAAGAGACUCAUCUGCUAGAAAACGGGGAAGAUGAAGCCAUAGUAAUGCCUGGAACAGUUAUUACUACCACGCUGGAGAAAGGAGAGGUAGAGGAAUCUGAAUAUGUGCUCAUUACAAUCCACAGGAACAGAAGCAAUUUGCUCACUAGAGAGUCUGAAGAAAUGAGAACUCCUAGCUGUAGCUGCAAAUAUUGCAAGUGCCCACUUGUUCUUGGGCAAAAUACAGAGGGCGUUUCGCAACAAGAGAGAGAAUGUGCCCCAAAUGCCUCUAAGGAGGAGCUGGAGACUUCUCCAGAUAAGAGCAGAACAACUUCUGCUCCUGACUGCCAAGAAAAUGCUGCUGACAUUAAGCAGUGCAAGGAUAAAUUGACACCUUGUCUGGAUGCCAAAUUGGAGACCAUAAUCUGCACAGGGUCAUCUUCAGUGGACAAAUGUGCAAUAGCAGAGUCGGGAUUAGAGCCAGCAGCAGGAACAUGGAGGACUGAGGAGUCACUGGAAUCUGGUAACCAGCCCAUCAGAGUAACAAGAUCAACAGGUAUAGCUGUGGAAAAGAAGCCUCCAGAUAAACUCUUAUCUGAUGCGUUUCCUUGUGGUACCACUGAGGCUCAGACAAAGGUGACUUUCCUGAUUGGAGAUUCCAUGUCUCCUGAUUCAGACAUUGAACUUAGAAGUCAAGCCGUAGUGGAACAAAUUGCUAGGCAUCACAACCAAGCAGCAAGGGAGGAAGGAGUGAGUGCUGAUCACAACUGUGAAGCAAAACAAACGGUUGAGGACCAAAAUAGAAACUGUGGGACAGCUGAACCGUUUCCUCAAGUCAUCAGCGAACGUCCGAAUUGGAACCCGCAUCCUUACAAUGCAGAGAGCAUGAGUCUGUUUGAUGAGUAUUUUACGGAUGAUGGUUCAAUUGAAACCAGGACUAUUGAUGAUAUUCCAGUGCAAGCCCCGAUAGAGGUCCUAGAUGAUGGUGGUAGUUUAGAAUUUUCCAAAAAAUUAGGUACCAAGAGCAACAAACUACCCAGUGAAUUUUGUAAGUUUAUGGAAUCUGUUCGCCAGGAGACAUGCAAAAACUGCUUUGCUGAGCAGGACCAAAGAGGCAAAAUCUCUAUUUGUGUCCCCCAUGGGGAUAAAGAGAACUCAGAGAAAAAAGUUGCCCCAGGAUCUGAUUGGGACAUUCCAAGAAAUGAGAGCUCAGAUAGUGCCCUGGGUGACAGUGAAAGUGAAGACACAGGUCAUGAUUUAACUAGACAGAACAGUAACUACUACGUAGGCGAGCAUGAGGACUGGGCAGAAGAAGAGGAGAUCCCCUUCCCUGGGUCAAAAUUAGUUGAAGUGACCUCUAUCCAGCCCAGUAUUGCCAAUUUUGGAAGGUCCUUGCUAGGUGGCUACUGUUCAUCUUACGUACCUGACUUUGUUUUGCAAGGAGUAGGAAAUGAUGAAAAACUGAGACACUGUUUGGUGUCGGAUUUGUCGCAUGCUGUGCAGCAUCCUGUUUUGGAUGAACCAAUUGCAGAGGCUGUUUGCAUUAUCGCAGACAUGGAUAAAUGGACAGUGCAAGUGGCCAGUAGCCAAAGGCGAACUAUUGAUAAUAAACUAGGAAAAGAGGUUUUAGUCUCUAGCCUUGUCUCCAACCUGCUUCAUUCCACUCUUCAGCUUUAUAAGCAUAAUUUAUCUCCAAAUUUUUGUGUUAUGCACCUGGAAGAUCGGCUGCAAGAGCUGUAUUUCAAAAGCAAGAUGCUGUCUGAAUACCUCAAGGGCCAGAUGCGAGUUCAUGUCAAGGAGCUGGGCAUAGUGUUGGGGAUUGAAUCCAGUGACCUCCCUUUACUGGCGGCUGUAGCAAGCACUCACUCUCCUUAUGUUGCCCAGAUAUUACUUUAAAAUGCUGAAGGGCAUAGAGAUUAAAUUUUUUUCCUGGCAAUGAAAUGGAAGACAAGGAGACAGACAUGAAACACGCUUGUCCCGGUUCCUUUUCGCUGGAGGCAGCUGAACUGCACAGCUUGCUGAGCUGACUGGGUCUCCGUCACUGACUGCAUAUAAUACAAACAAUUGGAGAGCUCUUUUAUUUUUUUCUCUCUCUCAUUUGGCCAUUCAUAAAAAAAGAAUUUAAACGCCAAUGGUAAUUGAAAAGCCUAAAGUUUGAGGCUGCUGAAGAAAAUCCAAGAUUUUGGAAAAAGCGGAAGGAUUGCAAAUGUGUUUGGCCAUUUCUGCAAGGAGGCUAAUUAUGUACAAUGAAAACCAGGGAAUGCAAGGAAGAACUGCUUUGUAAUACUGUACAGUGCUUUUGCUGAUUUUGUAAAUUUUAACAGGAGAAGGAAGCAACUUUCUUGGGACUGGCUUAUACCUAUUAGGAGUGUGUUAAGAUCUUAACUCUCAAACUGCAGUGAUUUGUAACAACUUCUACUUUUUCACUAAAUAGUCAAAUUGUGGAUAUUUCUCAAAGGACAAAGGAUUUUUGUAAACAGCUUACUAAUGACACACAGCUAAAAAAUGUAUUUAUAAUCUUUUUCCAAGGGAGUGGGAUGGAGGGAGGUGGAGCCAGCAAACAAAUCGGCAAACGUGACUGUGUUUCCCUUUCUUGGGUUGGUAUUGUAACAGGUAUUCAGUUGUUACAAUGUUUAAAUGUCUCUUUAUAGUAAAUGAUACUUUUGUUUUAUGACUUGCAAAAAUAGAAGAAAUGCAAUUUUGAAACAAAGGCUAAAGAGAGAAUGUUGAUUUACAUUUCCCUAUAAUAUCCCAAAAAUGCCAUGCUAAUACCUCUAAUAUUUUUACAGACUAUAAUAUUCUGGCAGUACAUUGUUUUUCAGUCAGUGAGUGAUCUAGAAAUUACUUGUACCAAAGCACUAGGGGAGAAAAAAAGACAACCUUAAUUGCUCAGGUAACUAAUUGCUAUAUUUUAAAAAAAAUUAGCUCCACAAACGUGGAUGCGUAAUUAUGCCCUUGCAUAGAAAUAUCAAAUUUAUUUUUAGACAAAAUAUUCCCUUGAUGCAAAUUGCUGUAAUCCCUUUUCUACUGUUUUGUGUAGCUACCAGCAGGAAAUGCUGUUUAUUCCAUUCUCAGAAUUAUUCACUCAUCAUUGUUUUGCCAUCAUGUAUACAGUAGUGGUAAAAAUAGCUGAUGUGGAACCAAUCUGCUGUAAGUAAUGUAAAUGUACAGUAGGUAGGUGAUUAUGAUUCAGAAGGCUCUACUACCUCAGUUUAACUGGACACCGCAUUAUAUGCUUCUCUUUGCUUACUUGUCUUAGUGGCCAAUUCAUGUAGCUAAUUAUAGUUGUUUUCAUUGAUCAUUUUCAGAAUAUUGAAGUUCAGACUAUCCAUAAUAAUAAUGAAAGAUACUCGUUCACUAAAUUAUAUUUACCUUUCUACAGUAUCACAUUAUUGAAAAGAGGCUUACAGAAAGAAUGAAGCAUGCUUUUUGUUGUGGCUUGUAGACAUUUUAAAAACAGAUUUCCCCAGUCUAUCAAACUUGAAAAUAGUGGGUGAAAGUCCAGCCCUACUGACAUAAAUAGCAAAACUUUCACUGGCUUCAGGGGGGUCAGGAUUUCAUCCAGUGUGUUUUGGUGGUAAUAUUAAAAAUAAUAACUCCAUUGCCACAAGAAUCCGUAUGAACAGACUUGCACCUGCAUCAGCAUCUUUGUAGGAUUGAAGUCUAAUUAGGUAAGUAAGCCCCACUUUAACAUGGGCAGUGUGUUCUGAAACUGUCUGCUUACAAAAUCCAAUGCUGACUGCUGCAGGAGAACACUUUCCUAUUUAAUAUGUAGUCUGAAGAUUUUUAAUUUGUCACUGUUUGCUUUUUAAAUGACCUCUUUUUAGCACAUGGUUAUAGUACAUCUGGUUUUGAAACAAAGACAACAAGGCUACAUCUACACUGGCAGCUUCUUGCACAAGAACAGCCGUUCUUACGCAAAAACUUGCCUGCUGUCUACACUGCAUGCGUGUUCUUGCGCAAGUAAAUUUACAGUAUAGUGUGUAAAACAGGGCUUCU